AUGGAUCAGCAAAAUAAUUCCAGGGUGACUGAAUUUGUGCUCCUGGGACUCUCCAGUUCCUGGGAGCUGCAGUGUUUCUUUUUUGUCUUUUUUAACUUCUUGUACGUUGUCAUUGUGCUGGGAAACUCUCUCAUUGUCUUCACUGUGAUUUCUGAACCUGCCUUACACACACCCAUGUACAUUAUGCUCAGCAACCUUUCAGUUCUUGAUGUUUUCCUGGCUACUUACGCCACUCCCAAAAUGAUCCAUGAUUUCCUUCAUGAACGCAAGACAAUCUCCUUUGAUGGCUGCAUGGCCCAGAUAUUCCUAUUGCAUGUUUUUGCUGCUGGUGAGAUGGUGCUCCUUGUAGCCAUGGCAUAUGACAGAUAUGUUGCCAUUUGCAAACCUCUCCAUUAUGCAACCAUCAUGAACUUCUGCAAGUGCACAGGUUUUGUGGUGGGCUCCUGGGUCAUUGGGGUUAUACAUUCCUUGAGUCAGUUAGCUUUCACUGUAAACCUGCCCUUCUGUGGCCCAAAUAUUGUGGAUAGUUAUUAUUGUGACCUUACUUUGGUUAUCAAACUCGCCUGCAUAGAUGCCUAUAUCCCUGAAGUAUUGAUGGUUUUGGACAGUGGUCUUAUGGGGAUGGUUUCAUUCCUACUUUUGCUGAUCUCCUACACGUUCAUCCUGGUUAGCAUUCGCCGCCAUUCUUCAGCAGGGAUGGCCAAAGCCCGCAGCACUCUGACUGCCCAUAUCACUGUGGUGGUGCUCUUCUUUGGGCCUUGUAUCUUCAUCUACGCCUGGCCUUUCAGCAGUUUCCAAGCGGAUAAAGUUUUAUCUGUGUUCUCUACAGUUUUCACACCUAUAUUGAAUCCCAUUAUCUACACACUGAGGAAUAAAGAGGUAAAAUCAGCAAUGCUUAAAUUGAAGACUCGGUUCAUAAGUUCCAGGCUGCCUGUCCUCACUCGCACACUGACAUGUUUCUCCCAGGACCAAAACUGUUGA